AUGUCAUACGCAGGUGGCUACCACCAAGCCACACAGUUAGUACUGGCUACCACUAAGCAACGCAGAUUCAGUACUGGCAACCACCAAACCACACAGAUUCAGGACUGGCUACCACCAAACCACACACAUUCAGUACUGGCUACCACCAAACAAAACAGAUUCAGUACUGGCUACCUCCAAGCCCCACUGGUUCAGUACUGGUUACCUCCAAGCCUCACAGAUUCAGUACUUGCUACCUCCAAGUCACACAGAUUCAGUAAUGGCUACCACCAAGCCUCACUGGUUCAGUACUGGCUACCACCAAGCCACGUAGAUUCAGUACUAGCUACCUCCAAGCCUCACAGAUUCAGUACUGGUUACCAACAAGCCACACAGAUUCAGUACUGGUUACCCCCAAGCUACACAGAUUCAGUAUUGACUACCACCAAGCCUCACUGGUUCAGUACUGGCUACCACCAAGUCAUGCAGAUUCAGUACUGGCUACCUCCAAGCCUCACAGAUUCAGUACUGGUUACCUCCAAGCCACACAGACACUGUACUGGCUACCACCAAGCCAUGCAGAUUCAGUACUGGCUACCAACAAGCCACGCAGAUUCAGUACUGGCUACCUCCAAGCCUCACAGAUUCAGUACUGGUUACCUCCAAGCCACACAGACACUGUACUGGCUACCACCAAGCCAUGCAGAUUCAGUACUGGCUACCUCCAAGCCUCACAGAUUCAGUACUUGCUACCUCCAAGCCACUCAGAUUCAGUACUUGCUACCACUAAGCCUCACUGGUUCAGUACUGGCUACCAACAAGCCACGCAGAUUCAGUACUGGCUACCUCCAAGCCUCACAGAUUCAGUACUUGCUACCUCCAAGCCACGCAGAUUCAGUACUGGCUACCCCCAAGCCACACAGAUUCAGUACUGGUUACCUCCAAGCCUCACUGGUUCAGUACUGGCUACCUCCAAGCCUCACUGGUUCAGUACUUGCUACUACCAAGCCUCACUGGUUCAGUACUGGCUACCACCAAGCCUCACUGGUUCAGUACUGGUUACCACAAAGCCACACAGAUUCAGUACUGGUUACCCCAAAAAGCCACACAGAUGCAGUCCUGGUUACCUCCAAGCCUCACUGGUUCAGUACUGGCUACCGCCAAGCCUCACUGGUUCAGUACUGGCUACCUCCAAGCCUCAUUGGUUCAGUACUGGUUACCCACAAGCCACACAGAUUCAGUACUGGUUACCCCAAAGCCACACAGAUUCAGUACUGA